AAUGGAAACUCAUUGCCCAAGGAUUUCGCGUGAGGUGGAAUUUUCCCAACUGUAUUGGGGCUAUGGACGGCAAAGAGAUACGGAUUCAGGUUUUGUAAGUGACGUUUCGGCCUUCCAGAGUACAGAAUUUUAUAGGGCAAUGGAGAGAGGAGGAAGCUGAUCUUCCAGCGCCUGCUCGUUUGCCACGAUCAGCAAUGGUGUUGCCACACUUUUUCGUCGUCGACGAAAUCUUCCCAGUGAAUCAUUAUUCGAUGCCGCCGCACCCUAGACGACGUCCCCUUGCAAGAAGGGAAAGAAUCUUCAAUCAUAGACUGUCUCGAGCGAGGAAUUGCAUCGAAGAUGCUUUUGGCAUCCUCACUGGAGGAUGGCGAAUUUUGCACACAGCCUUGUCAUUUAAGCUAAAUAAAUCGAUAGCAAUUGUGCAGGCAUUGAUUUGCCUUCACAAUUUCAUCCUUGAUGAUGAACUGCCCCGCAAAGAUGUUGAUCGACAGUAUCUUCGCCCACUCCGCUAUGCACACCUCAACCUCAGAGAUGUUCCACUUCGAGCAAGACAAGAAGAAAACGUUCCUGCAGGAAACGAGGAAGAAAUAAUUCCACCUCAUGUCAUCCAGCACCGUGAAAUGCUAACUGAUUAUUUUGUAUCGUAG